UUUGUUUCAAGUUUUUUAAAACAGAAAAAAUGUUGAAAACUUGCUUCUCUUUGCUUCAAUUUCAAUCAAAUUUGUCAAUUACUCGAUUAUUCCAACUUAAACGAUUAAUAAAUUCUAAAUUUCUUCGAUUUUAUUCAACAACAAAUGAAAUUUCAAAAUUACCAGAAAAGAAGACAACAAAUAAAUUAAUUUCUUGUCUAAAAUUGAUGAGAGCUGACAAACCAAUAGGUACUUGGCUUCUUUAUUGGCCUGGCGCCUGGUCUAUUGCAUUGAGUGCUUCUCCUGGAUGUUUACCUGAUGCUUAUUUGUUGGGGCUUUUUGGUGUUGGAUCUUUUCUUAUGAGAAGUUCUGGUUGUAUACUUAAUGAUCUCUGGGACCAGGAUAUUGAUAAGAAGGUUGCUCGUACAAAAUCCAGACCUUUAGCAAACGGCGAACUUACUGAAAAAGAAGCUGUUCUUCUUCUUGGUGGUCUACUUUCUGCUUCAUUAGCUGUUUUGCUGCAACUCAACUCGCUUAGGUUUAUAUUAAUUUUUGUUAAGUUACUUGGAUGUUUAUUUGAAUAUUUUAAUUGUUGCAUUUGUGGUGUAGUUUGAUUUGUCUUGGG